UCAAGCAAAUAGUUAUCGUUCCAAAAUUGAAUGUCAAUUCAAUAAUAUUGUCAUAUUUGUAAUGUGUUGCUAUUGCUCUUGCCGGUCUUUAUUUAUUUUCACCAGCGGAGGUUUAAUAAGUUUUUGUUUUGUUUAGCUUAAACAUUUUCAAAAUAAACAAUUAAGUGUUGUGUGUUGAAGUGUCCAAAGCACCAACUAGGAGUCAGGAAUCAGGUUUAGGGAAUUAAAAAGAAAGCUGAUUGAUAAGAAAAAGACCACAAUUUAAAUCUUAUCUCUAUUUUUAAAUCCAUAUAAAAUUUAAUAUUAUGGAUUAUAAAUGGAAUUCGAUUUUUGUGGUAGCUUUAGGUCUUAUUGGAGCAUCAUUAGCAACCUCUUAUAAUAAUUCUUUGUACGCUUACGAAGUUAUAUAUUCCGAUAAAUCAAUGAAGACUCCAGGGCAUAAUUUGACUUCUAUUAAAUGGGCCCAUGCUGUAAACAGUCAAAAAGAACUAGAUGACGCUCUUCAAAGUGACAUAGACAUGAUUGAAGCAGAUAUUGUGGUGGGAAAAAUCAAUAGCUCAGGACCGGAUCUUCCAGUUAUGGGUCAUCCACCAGCUCAAACAUCUGAUAUAUCCCUCGAAUCAUUUCUACACCAAAUUCUUCACUUUAAUAAUAAUACAAAUCGCAAAAAGGGGGUAAAACUUGAUUUCAAAUCAAUCGAAGUGUUUGAAGGUUCUCUAGCUAUGCUUCAAGAUCUAUGGUCUUCGAUGACAUAUCCAAUUUGGUUAAAUGCUGACAUCAUCAAAGGACCAGUUAAUAACACCGAAACAGUUCCAGUCGAUCCAACUCGCUUCUUUGUCGGAUGUAAAAACUUCCCUGAUGCCGUACUUUCAAUCGGUUGGACUACACGCUGGGGAAGUGAAUUCAAAGAAGGCUUCUAUACUGACACACAGAUUGAAGAAAUGGUUGAUUCUAUUAAGAAAAACAACAUCACUGACUCUCAACUGCCAAUAACAUUUCCUGUUCGAGCUGGUAUCGCUGCCAGUAGUGACAUCCAAUUGCAUUGGCUCCUAAGAGCUGUCAAUGACACAAAUAAAAGUACACUAACUAUUUGGUCUUCAGCAAAUGACUAUGUGGACAUUAAAAAACUUCGAAAGCUAAUCUUUGAUUUUGGUUUGGAUCGAGUUUACUUGGAUGUUCCUGAGGAAGUAUCGAGUCAACUUAAUUUGCAAAAGGGACCUGGCAAUUCUGCAGCACUUCCGUCGAUAUUUAACAUCGCGUACAUAGGUCUUUGUACAUUAGUGGCAAGUUUUGCUCUACAAAAAGUAUUCCUCUAGAAAACCAAAGAAAGUUUAAAAUUUCAUUAAUCUAAGAUUUAUUAUCUAUUCUUAAGUAACAGAGAUAUAAUGGCUUUUAGGUCCAUUUCUUGUUUAUAAUAAAACAUUCAACUAAUUAUUUAAACUAACACGAUACGUAAA